AGUUGGUUGACGAAGGCAGAAGUAUUUCUGUCACUUUCUGGAAUUUUCGCAUGUAAAAAGCAAUAAAUAACAAAAUCGUCAAAUCAGAAAUAAAGUUUGAUUAGUCUAGUUGUUUAAGACAGUGUAGAACAAUGGCUAAUCUUGCUGUAACGCGAAUCCAGAGAGAAUUCAAGGAGGUUAUGGGCGCCAAAGGUCAAGGAAACGAGGAGGAGUUCAAGGUGAAAUUAGAAUUCAACAAUGAGACAUGUACGAGUUUGAAGGGUGAAAUUGACGGACCCCCAGACACGCCAUAUGAAGGAGGCGUCUAUAAAUUGGACAUUGAAAUUCCGGAUACAUAUCCUUUCACGCCUCCAAAGGUAAAAUUUGUUACAAAAAUCUGGCACCCCAACAUAAGUUCAGUCACUGGAGCCAUCUGCCUUGAUAUCCUCAAAGACCAGUGGGCAGCUGCCAUGACGUUACGGACUGUUUUACUUUCAUUACAAGCAUUGAUGGCGACGCCAGAACCGAACGACCCACAAGAUGCAGUCGUAGCAAACCAGUAUAACUCUGAUAUAAACGCUUACCGAAAAACAGCCAUGCAUUGGGCACGUGUAUAUGCUGGUGCUCCACCCCGAACUGAAGAGGAUGAGUGUACACGAAAAAAAUCACAACUAAUGGACAUGGGAUUUAGUGAGAAUCAAGUUUUAGUUGCAUUAUCAACGUGCGGCUGGGACGUAGAACGUUCCAUUGAAAUGUUAUUUGGCGGCAACAUUUGAUAAGGUGUACUAGUGGCUUGAAGCUACAUUUUGACAUUUCAUCAACUUCAACAACCUAUGCUUGAUUGAGUCGCAAACACUAGGAGACGCCCCACCAUGGUUGGUGCUGUCACCGUGGGAGACUUGCACGCAAUGAUUGCAGCUUUACAUCCCUGGCACAAUUUCUGUGAGUGCCUGAGAUUUCAUCGAACAUCUUUUUAUAAAUCCUAGACUGUUCAUACACGCAACGUUGAUGUAAAUGAGGGUGUCGGUCAACUCACCACAGGCAGAAGACAUGUGGAAAUAUAUUGUAACGCCGCCUAUGAACCAGUUGGACAUAUGAUAACCUUUAUCUUGAAUUCACGGCUCUAAACUACUCAAAAAUGCCUUCAAAAGGAAGAUUUCUUAUAGUGCGUUUUGAUCCCUGAUCACGAGAAGCUAUGAAAAAAGUGGGUUAAUGAAAAUCUGACGGCCUUUUAUGCACAAGGUGUUUCCUUAUUGGGUUCAUUGGUGGUGCAAAAGUUGCAAUUUCCCAAAACCGCGGUAUAAGAUGGCUGCGAAUAUUUCCUUGUGUACAGUAUGGCUUUUUGCAGAUAUUUAUAAGAUUUUGAGUGUAAGGGUAUGGAAGUGUCAUCUUGUGUGUCCUCGUGUUAGUUUUGCCCAAAAGAUGCAGCGAACGAGGAUGAUAUUCAGCAUGAGUACAGUUUUAUCCAAGUCGCUUGUUCCUCCGUUGCGGUUUAUAUUGCCAAGCACAGUUAGGAAGGACUCGGUUAUAAAAACGCUGGCUCAGUUACACAAAAAAAUUGUCUACUGAUGUGGUGUUAGGUCUUAACACCGUCACUGGGAUUUUAGACAGGUAUAACUUGAUCUCUAAGCCUGUCACAACAUAUGGCAGAAGACCUAUGUCUCUUGUUUGUUGGCCAUAUCGAGCAAUAGAUUUGUCAAGAGGCAAAGAGAGGUUAUUGGAAAAAACUGGAGACCUCGGUGUUGGAGAUCCCGUUUUUGAUGGGGAUUUUGAUUGAUUGACUAACAAACCUCAUAAGGGACUCGUUUUGUUCGUUUGGCCAGUUGGUGAUAGCAUAGUGGUUUGAGGCACGUGAUGCUCUCUGUGCAUUAGAAAACAUUAGCAAUCUUUCUGAAGUGAUCUUUGGGUGGUUAGUUCAUUUGGAUCAGUUGUAACACCAACGUUGGUGAAAAAUGUCAUUGUGUCACCAGCCCUAGGAGUUGUUUAUGUUUGAGAAGCUCUCCAAGUCGUAUAACAUUUCAUUUUUUGAUGCUGGGUGGGGAUAUGACGCCGUAGAAGACUUUGAGGCUUAGUUAAUUACUUGUAAAAAUGUCUGAAAUACGUUUUUGAUGAAAAUUUCAGAAUUUCCAGCUUAUGUGGGAGUAUUAUGCUGGUGAUAUUUGAUUAAGUUGAGAUUAAAAGGUGUAAUGCAUGUCAUAUUCUUGUGAGGGGCGGGUUGUUGUUUCCCUCAAUUGAAACCAAUUACAUAUGCAAUCUUGUACAGACUUAUUAUUGGUGUUUGUGUGUUUGUUGUUCAGUUAAAAUUUUGUUUUGUUUACUGAUUCUGAGGAGAGAUUGUUCCACGACUCAAUCCUGUCAUGGAUAACAUCAGUUAAAGAAAAAAAUAGGGAUAAUAACAGUGCGGUCAAUAGACGCUUUGCAAUAUGCAUCACAAUGCCCCCCAAGAUGGCCGCGAACAGUGCGGUCACGAGCGCGACGCUAUAUUGUGACGCUUUGCACAAGUCCUGACGCGAAGUCCUGAAAAGAAGAAAGCCAAAAUCAUCACGUUAUAUCUGGCCCCCAACAUGGCCGACAUCGUGACGUUAUUGCAAAGGGUCUACACUUCGUGGAAACUAAUUGAACUAGUCUCAUGUAAAGGUAGUUUUCUAUUUGAAUUAAUGCUGGCUCAUCAAAUCUCUGUCUGGUGGUUCUUUUCUGUUAUUCAAAGGGCAUCUCAGAAAAAAAGAAACCAUUGAAUAAACAAGUGCCUGGUUGUUCAAGACAAAACUUGUCACUAACCCUGGUGUUAACUUCUUCAGUUAAGCCCUUAGUCUUUAUAAUGCCAAGUAAAGUUAACGCCAGUGUUUGUGACAAAACUUCUUUUGAACAACCAGACCCAGCAUUUCUCCUGCAGGUAUAGUCAAUGCCUACGCUCCCAAGAGUCGUAAAAACUUUGUUGGACUUGACAUUUUUGAGAUGAUCCAUUGAUCAGUGGCAAAAAAUUUCAGGAUUUCAACAGAGACGGAAUGUACAACAUCAUCAUCAUUUUGUAAAUAGAAUACAUCAAGGA